AUGAGCACGAUCCCCACGCCGAGUAACGCCCGAACGAGCCCCGACACUUCAACCGGAUGGUCGGUGACCGACGCCGACGCGCACUACGCGGUGAGCUCGUGGGGGGCGGGGUAUUUCUCCGUCGGCGAGCGUGGGACGGUGCUGGUUCACCCGGACGGCGAGGACUCCCCCGGCGUCGACCUGCACGAGAUCGUGUCGGGCCUGGACAAGCGCGGGAUCAGCGCACCGGUGCUGCUGCGGUUCUCGGGAAUCCUGGCGAACCGGCUGCGGCGGCUGCGCGGUGCGUUCGACGGGGCGAUGGAGGAGAUGGGCUACGGGGGCGCGUUCAGCGCGGUGUACCCGAUCAAGGUGAACCAGGAGCGUCACAUCGUCGAGGAGGUGGCGCGGUGCGGGCAGGAGCUGGGCUUCGGGCUCGAGGUCGGGUCCAAGCCGGAGCUGCUGACGGUGCUCGCGGUGACGGCGGGUCACAACGAGCAGAUGAUCGUGUGCAACGGUUUCAAGGACGCGCGCUACAUCGAGGCGGUGGCGCUGGCGACGAAGCUCGGGCGGAAGAUCGUCCCGGUGGUGGAGAGCCUGCGCGAGCUGGAGCUGGUGGUUCGGAUCAGCAAGGAGUACGACGUCCGCGUGCCGAUCGGCGUGCGGAUCAAGCUGUCCGGCUCGGGGAGCGGGCGGUGGAAGGAGUCGGUGGGCUCGUCCUCGAAGUUCGGGCUCUUUGUGAGCGAGCUGGUCGAGGUGAUGGACCGGCUCAAGGCGUACGGCAUGAUCGACCGUCUCGAGCUGCUGCACUGCCACGCGGGGAGCCAGAUGCAGGACAUCCGCACGGUGAAGUCGCUGGUGGCGGAGCUGUCGCAGGUGUACGUGGACGCCCGCGCCGAGUGCGAGAACCUGAAGUACCUGGACAUCGGCGGCGGGCUCGGCGUGGACUACACGGGCGAGCACACGUCGAGCGAUUCGUCGAUGAACUACACGGUCGAGGAGUUCGCGCGUGACGUGGUGUACCGCAUCGGCGCGUCGUGCGACGCGGUGGGCGCGGCGCACCCGACGAUCAUCUCCGAGUGCGGGCGGGCGAUGGUGGCGCACGCGAGCGUGCUCGUCGUGAACGUGCUCGGGGCGACGGGGCCGGGCCAGCUCGCGCGGGUCGAGGCGACGGACGACGACGCGCUGGACCGUCAGGGCGAGAUCGUCCAGCCGCUCGCGGACCUGAUCGGCGCGAAGCAGGAGCUGACCGAGGAGACGGCGCUCGAGGUGUACCACGACAUGUCCGAGGCGUACGAGGCGGCGCUGUCCGCGUUCGGCCUCGGGUACAUCACGCUCCGCCAGCGUUCGCUCGCCGAGCGUCUGUACUGGGAGAUCCGGGGCCGGCUCGCGGAGAUCAUCUCGACGAUGGCCGAGCCGCCCGAGGAGCUCUCGGACGUGAACCUCGCGAUCCCGGAGACGUACUUCUGCAACUUCUCGCUCUUCCAGUCGCUCCCGGACGUGUGGGCGAUCGAGCAGGUGUUCCCGGUGGUGCCGAUCCACCGGCUGGACGAGGAGCCGACGCGUCGCGUCGUGCUCGCGGACAUCACGUGCGACUCGGACGGGAAGAUGACGAGUUUCGUGAGCGGCGAGGGCGUGACGCCCGUGCUGAGCGCCCACCCGCUGAGGGGCGAGGACUACCGGCUGGGCAUCUUCCUCGUCGGCGCGUACCAGGAGGCCCUGGGCGACCUGCACAACCUCUUCGGCGAGACGAACGCGGUGCACGUGGAGGUGAGCAACGGGUCGUGGAAGAUCGCGGACGUCGUGCGGGGCGAGACCUCCGAGCAGGUGCUCGGGUACAUGCUCUACGACCCCAAGGCGCUCGCCCGCGCGAUCACGCUCGACUGCGAGCGGGCGCACGAGGAGGGGCUCCUGAACGUCGACGAGAUGCGGACCUUCCUCCGCCUGUACGAGAACGGGCUCUCGUCGUACACCUACCUCGAAUCGGAAUAA